GGUGGCAGCGCCGUUUGUAUGUGGCAAUGGCGUCAUCCAACGAACCCCUUUAAGCCUGAUCAGGUGGCUCAGGCGCGCCGGCGACCUCUUGCAGCAGCCAAGCGGGCGCAGAGGUGCGGCGGCGGCUUCAGUCCGGCGGAUCUGUGUGCAGCAGUUCAUUCCAAGCAAGCAAACAUAGCUGAAGAGGCAUGGCCGAACGAUCCAAGUCUUCAGCAAUGGUCAUCGCACAAGUUUGGAGUGAUUGGGAAAUCCAGAUCUAUGUGCUGCUAAGCUUUGUCUUGCAAAUAUUUCUCUUCUUCGUCGGCAGCCUGCGCCGUCGCAGUGGCCACAAGGCCUUGGUCAGGUUUCCCAUAUGGCUGGCCUACCUGCUAGCCGACCUCGUCGCGGUGUACGCACUCGGUUACCUCUCGAGGCAUGUAGCCACCACCACUAUGAACAGGGAUGAACGGCGUCACGAGCUCACCUUCUUCUGGGCACCUUUCCUCCUUAUCCACCUUGGUGGCCAGGACAGUGUUACUGCCUUCUCCAUCGAGGACAACGAGCUGUGGCUGAGACACUUGCUGAAUUUGCUAGCUCAGGUUUGGCUGGCUUUGUAUGUGUUCUGGCAGUCCACGCCGGGCGACAGGCUUGUCAUCCCGGCGGCCUUUGUAUUUGUGGCCGGGAUCAUCAAGUACGGGGAGAGGACAUGGGCGCUCAAGAGUGGGAGCGAGAGUGCUCUCAGGAGCUCAUGCGCCAGCAACGAAGCAGCUGUGAAGCAGGUUGUCCGGAUAGGAGCUGAAGCCGAUCUGCAAUAUUCAGAGAUUAUCAGGUGUGCUCUUUGCUCGGCGACAGGAGUCCGGGAUGUGUUUGCUGGGCGCAAACUCCACCAGAUAGACAGCCAAGCUUCAGAGAAACUGACAAACAAUGUAGCAUUCGAGGGGCUUGAAGAUGGAGAAGUACACUUCAAGAUUGUAGAGAUCGAGCUGGGCCUGAUGUAUGAUGAACUCUACACGAAGGCUAAGGUGGUCCAGACAUUGCCCGGUACCAUACUCCGGUGUGUCUCUUUAGUCUCCAUGAUCGUGGCCCUCGUGGUCUUCAUCACCAUGAUAAGUGGAGGCAGCUACUAUAGCAGAGCUGAUGUUGCAAUAACCUAUGUGCUGUUUAUUGGAGCCUUCUGUCUAGAAGUAUGGGCUGUCUUCUCAGUGAUGAUGUCACCAAGGGCAUGGGCAUUCUUAGAAGGUCGACGAUGCCACAGGCUUGCUCGUGUGGUAUGUGCACGGCUGCAAGCGAGGCAAUGGUGGUCGAAUUCCAUGGGGCAGUACAACUUCCUGAGCUCAUGCAUUCCUGGCAAGACAGGGCUGUGCUUCACACUGCUCACCAAGAUCAUGGGUCUACUUGGAGCCAAGGAGCUGUGGAGCAACAUACUGCAUUCCAAGCACGCCGAGGUCAACAAGGGGCUGAAGGACACCAUCAGCACGUUUUUAGGAGAACUCCAGCCGGAGUCUCGUGUCCCGUUUCAUGCCCCACCGACGAGCUUAUCGUCCUGCCCAUCGUUUCGGAAGAUCAUCAGGAAUGAUUUCACGCAGGCACUGCUGUUUCUGCACGUCUUCACAGACCUGUUCUUGCACAAGGUGGGCACGCCGGUGAUCACCGAGGAGACUCGGGGCCUUAUGGAGGUGUGCAAGGGGAUGUCUAACUACAUGUUCUACCUGCUGGCGGUGCACCCUGCGAUGCUUCCUGUCGGCAGCAACGUGCAUGAUCUAGUGGGAGAAGCCAUGGAGAGUGUCAAGGCCAGCUCUGCUGCCUCGAGCAAGGAACAAUUUCUUUCUGCACUAGCAGAUGGCAGCGAGACGGAGGCGUUCCAGCUGACGAGCAAACUCUUCCAGGAGGCGCAAGGCGUGCUGCUGCAGCAGGGGCAGGAUCUGGGCGCGGCGCUAAAAGAGGUGGUGAGCAUGUGGGUGUCACUGCUCGUCUACGCAGCCGGCAAGUCCAGCUCCAAGGAGCACGCCCGGCGGUUGAGCAUGGGUGGGGACAUGCUCACCUUCGUCUGGAUGCUCAUGGCGCACCGGAUGCUCGGGGACAUCGGUAGUGAGCUUGAUCUUUGGGCCAGGGAUCCAGCAGAACCCAUAAUUUUGCGUCCUGAUACCGUAUCGAUCAGAGGUUUCCUUUUUGAAUUUCCUGCGGAUGACUAGAGAAAUAUAAUGUGAGACGCCACUCCAUGGGACUAAAGAGAGCAUACUGCCACCGUAGCAAU